UGUCGGCCGGGCUGGGAAGGGGCGGUCGCGGCCUGAGGCGCCGGCUGGGAGCUGGUCGCGUUGUGGCCGCGUCCCUCAGCGCCGCUGCCGGCCGCGGGGAGCGGGGCCCGGCGGUGCGGACCGGGGCUGUGCGGGCAUCGCCGCGGGUCCCGCGGCUGCAGCCGGGAGCGCCCGAGGAUGCGCGGCGGGGCCGGGUCGCUGCUUCCCGCCGGUGCCGUGGCGGGGUUCCGUGCGAAUCCGAGCCGGAAAACAGUACCAUACCUAUUUGAAGAAAACUUACAGGAGAAAAGCAGUGGCUUUUGCUGGGACCCUAAUUUAUUUUGGAUUAGGAUUCCCAUGGCAUGUGAACUAGAAGAUAAUUUGCAAUAGAAGGUCUCUUUAUUUUGAAGUGACAGUCUUUUCUCAAAAUGGUUGGAAAACUCAAACAGAACUUGCUACUGGCAUGUCUGGUGAUCAGUUCGGUGACAGUGUUUUAUUUGGGCCAGCACGCUAUGGAGUGUCACCAUCGAAUAGAAGAACGCAGCCAGCCUGCAAGGAUGGAAAGUGUGAGAAGUACAGUAAGAACUGCUUCCAAUGUGAAUGCAAACAAAACCUUUGCUUACAACAAAGACAUGCCUUUAAUAUUUAUUGGAGGAGUACCUCGAAGUGGCACUACCUUAAUGCGUGCUAUGCUUGAUGCCCAUCCAGAUAUUCGAUGUGGAGAAGAGACAAGGGUAAUCCCGAGAAUUCUGGCAGUUAAGCAGAUGUGGGCUAGAUCAAGCAAAGAGAAGAUCCGACUGGAUGAAGCUGGAGUCACAGAUGAGGUUCUGGACUCAGCCAUGCAAGCAUUUUUAUUGGAAAUCAUUGUGAAACAUGGGGAGCCUGCUCCAUAUUUGUGUAACAAAGAUCCCUUUGCUUUAAAAUCCUUAACUUAUCUUGCUAGAAUUUUCCCCAAUGCCAAAUUUCUUCUAAUGGUACGGGAUGGUCGUGCAUCUGUGCAUUCCAUGAUAUCUAGAAAAGUCACAAUAGCUGGAUUUGACCUUAACAGCUACAGGGACUGCUUGACCAAGUGGAAUCGUGCUAUAGAAACUAUGUAUAACCAGUGUAUGGAGGUUGGUUUCGAAAGGUGUAUGCUCGUACAUUACGAACAACUCGUAUUGCAUCCUGAAAGAUGGAUGAGAACUCUCUUAAAGUUUCUUCGCAUCCCAUGGAACCAAGCUGUGCUGCACCAUGAAGAAAUGAUUGGAAAAGCAGGGGGUGUUUCUCUUUCAAAGGUUGAAAGAUCUACGGACCAAGUAAUCAAGCCAGUUAAUGUGGAAGCACUGUCAAAGUGGGUUGGGAAGAUACCUGCUGAUGUUCUGCAAGAUAUGCCUGUGAUUGCACCCAUGCUAGCAAAACUGGGCUAUGAUCCGUAUGCCAAUCCACCAAAUUAUGGAAAGCCAGAUCAGAAAGUUGUGGAAAACACAAGGAGGGUCUAUAAAGGUGAAUUUCAGCUUCCUGACUUUCUUAAAGAAGUGCCACAGACUGAGCCUAUGGAAUAGAAGAUACCAUGGAUGUUUCUUGCACAGAAGAAGAGACUGCAGCCUUUGCAAUGGAGGUGAUGCCACCAGGACUGUCCCACUGCCACCAGGGACACGUGCUGCUCGGGGCCUGCUUUCAUCUGAAUGUUCUCCCCCCACUUCUUUCAUACUGUUUUUGUUCAAAAUGUUGCUGUUGUGGCGCAUGUAAACCUGCUAAAUAAAACUCACCAAUGGUAAUGUAGAACCGUGUUACAUUCACACCACUACGGGGUUUUUUAAGUUUAAAAGAGUCCAAGCAAUGCCUGUCUCAAAUUGCUAUUCUGUCUUCAUGACAAACCUCCAGCUUCAAAUAUGUUUCCUUUCCUGUAGCAGUUUGGUUUUUAAUGUGUGAAGCUUUCAAAAGAGUGGUCUGUGCUUGUCCUAAAAGGUUUUUGCUGGAACUGUUUUAUUCACAUGUGGAAAUUGUUAAAUAUCUUUUAUUUAAAACAAAAAAAAGUUGAUAAUUACCUGUACAAUUAUAAUUCAAUGAUCUUUUGUAUUUUAUUUUUCAAAAUAAAUGCUUUAAAUGUGA